AUGACGUGUUUUUUGGGUCAGCCUUGGGAACAUUUCUUUGGUGUUGUGGGGAUCAUCCUUCUCAUUGUUAUGGCCUAUGACUGCUACGUGGCCAUCUGUAAGCCCCUGCACUACACAAUUAUUAUGAGCCCUCAGGUAUGCUGCCUGUUGCUGGGAGGGACCUGGGUGGGAGGGUUUAUCCAUGCGAUAAUACAGCUUCUCUUCAUGUAUCAAAUACCCUUCUGUGGCCCUAAUGUCACUGACCACUUUAUAUGUGAUUUGUUUCCCUUGUUGAAACUGGCCUGCAUGGACACCCACACCCUGGGUCUCUUAGUCAUCUUCAACAGUGGGGUGAUGUGUGUGACCAUCUUCCUUAUCCUCAUCGCCUCCUACGUGGUCAUCCUCUGCUCCCUGAGGUCUUGCAACUCUGAAGGGCGGCGCAAAGCCCUCUCCACCUGUGGUUCCCAUCUCACUGUGGUCAUCUUGUUCUUUGUACCAUGCAUUUUCCUGUAUGUGUGGCCUGUGGCCACUUACCCCAUAGACAAAGCAAUGGCUGUGUCUGAUUCCAUCAUCACACCCAUGUUGAAUCCCUUGAUCUAUACCCUGAGGAAUGCUGAGGUGAAAAAUGCCAUGAGGAAACUUUGGAUGAAAAAAGGAGACAGUAAUAAAUAUUAA